AUGGACGAAUUCGCCGCUCCCUCAUUCAUCCUCGCCUCGCUCGAGAGCACCGAGUCGCUCUCCGACUCCGCGCCCUCGUCGCGCUCCUCAUCCCCUACCGGCUUCCCAUCCCUGCCGUCGCCGUCGGACCCUCCGCUCGACCAGGAGUACAUCACCGGCAACACCUCCUACUCGUGGUGCACCAUCGCCUGA